GAUAUGACUGCCUUCGCGUUCAGUGGAAUCUGCACAGCUUACCAAUUCAACAGGCAACAUUGCUCCUGUCUUGGUGGCGAGAAAGUCAUUUACGUGGCGAAUUCCAGCAUUUCCUACGGACCACCUGCUACUGUGGUGCCUUUCAGAACCGCUCCAUACAUCAACACCACUGUCGAAAAUAUCGAAUUCAAGCAGUACCAGCUCGUGAAUUUCUUCUCAGAUGUCUUUUCAACAGUUAUGAAAUCAUUUGACGGAGAAUUGCUCUCUGAUUACCGGUACAAUUACGUCUUCCCUCGAGUAGAUGGCGGUUACAACGCUGCUCAUUUCGUCUACUUGGACGUGGCCUUUUGCGUCACCGACAGCCCAUGCGGGAUGCCCGUCCUCGUCAACACAACUAGUCCGACAUACUACAUACUAAAUGAAUGCGGCAACACCAUCCAACUCUCGCCUCUAAAUGACGGACUUCUAUACUCGUACUCACAUCCCGGGUUUGGAUGCAAGGCGUUCCCCGACGGCCCGACCUACAACUGCAGCGUCACCUUCACGACAGCUAAUACAAGGUCCUUUUUCUAUUAUGGUUAUUUUUCUGGCGCUGACGGGUCCUGCGACGGCUACACGUUGGGCCUUGAAGCAACUUGGGCCGACACUUCAAAAAACGUUGAUUUGUGCUCCACUGCCAAAUUGAGCGAGCCCUUCAAUUCUGUAACCAUCACUCUCCGAGGCACUGCAGCAGCGAAGACGUUCAAAGCGGGGUUCUCCAUUUAUAUGUAUUAAGUUCUGAGACUGUCAGCCUAGUGGCUAACCACUGCAAAAGCGGUCCUUGAUGGGAGGUUAUCUAGGCAUGUGCGUGAGAAUUAGAAUUUUCUACUGACGACAUUUUGUUCCUCAGUAGUGAUUAGUUUAGAGAAUCGGAGUUUUCUGCUGUCUCUGGCAAUGAUUGCCAAUAAUCUCGAGCAGCGGUUUGCUAUUAGGUUUUGCCUCAGAUUUUGGCACUAUGCAACAUUGGCGAAACUUCGGGAUGCCUUUUACAGUGCAAAGCAUGUUCUUUUUUCACGUUUAUCGGUUACAGGCAAACAACUGUUAAAAAAGCAUUAAAAGUCAGGUUGAAGACAAUGCUGAGCUGUUCAUAACUCUGGGAUGCAGGCAACGUCAAGAGGCAGUAAUUGUCUGUAACAUACAUUCUUUGAAUAACCUUUUAUAACCUAUAAAUGCCGCAAGUGGUGUAGCAAGAACGAGUUAUUAUUGUGCUGAGCACCCUGAAGGCUCCUCACCCGCAAAGCCAUGAGCGUUCUUGCGAGUUCAUCAAUGCAUGUUUUGUAUUAAUGAGCUGGAAUAAGUAGCGUUGCAAAUAAUUUACCAAUUUUGCAAGUUUCGUUAACCCCAUAAGUGAAAAAAUUGCAAUGUUUUUUGGAUCGCGUCAUCCCGAUGGCCAAAUUGAUCUUAAUUUUACCGGCACUCGUAGUAAGCUCUCAGCUUGUUGAUAUUCAGUGGAGUGCGGGAAAUCACGAGUUUGGUUGUGUGUUUGUGUAAUGAUCCAUGUGUUGGAGGCGUGUAAUCAAGUUUUAAUGGGUUUAAAGGAUUUUAGGGGUUUAAUUUAUAUCGUGUUCUAAAAUAUGCUCUUACUUUAGCUGUGUGAAGUGGUGAUGCCACGCACGGGUGCUCUUACUUU